UGAAACGGAACCUUUAAGGGAGAAAAGUGUUUCCAGCUGUGGAGUCACCUGACUCAUUCCUGUGUGUGUGUGUGUGUGUGUGUGUGUGUGUGUGUGUGUGUGUGUGUCCCCUAUGGGCUUGUUAUGUUUUAUUUCUGCUGAGGGGUGUGGAAGUUGUUGCAAUGUCACGGUCAGGAACACAAGACGUAAACAAUGUCUCCUCUAUAAUUAUGCUACCAAGCUAUUACCCACCAGCAUGGACAGGUCAUUUGAUGUAUUUAUGGACAGGUCAUUUGAUGUAUUUAUGGACAGGUUAUUUGAUUUAUUUAUGGACAGGUUAUUUGAUGUAUUUAUGGACAGGUUAUUUGAUGUAUUUAUGGACAGGUUAUUUGAUUUAUUUAUGGACAGGUUAUUUGAUUUAUUUAUGGACAGGUUAUUUGAUUUAUUUAUGGACAGGUUAUUUGAUUUAUUUAUGGACAGGUUAUUUGAUGUAUUUAUGGACAGGUUAUUUGAUGUAUUUAUGGACAGGUUAUUUGAUUUAUUUAUGGACAGGUUAUUUGAUUUAUUUAUGGACAGGUUAUUUGAUUUAUUUAUGGACAGGUUAUUUGAUUUAUUUAUGGACAGGUUAUUUGAUUUAUUUAUGGACAGGUUAUUUGAUUUAUUUAUGGACAGGUUAUUUGAUUUAUUUAUGGACAGGUUAUUUGAUUUAUUUAUGGACAGGUUAUUUGAUUUAUUUAUGGACAGGUUAUUUGAUUUAUUUAUGGACAGGUUAUUUGAUGUAUUUAUGGACAGGUUAUUUGAUGUAUUUAUGGACAGGUUAUUUGAUUUAUUUAUGGACAGGUUAUUUGAUUUAUUUAUGGACAGGUUAUUUGAUUUAUUUAUGGACAGGUUAUUUGAUUUAUUUAUGGACAGGUUAUUUGAUUUAUUUAUGGACAGGUUAUUUGAUUUAUUUAUGGACAGGUUAUUUGAUUUAUUUAUGGACAGGUUAUUUGAUUUAUUUAUGGACAGGUUAUUUGAUUUAUUUAUGGACAGGUUAUUUGAUUUAUUUAUGGACAGGUUAUUUGAUUGUAAAUCAACUGGUCUUAAAACCAGAAAGACCAAUUAAUAGACAAUUACAACCAUUUAAUUUGUUAAUUAUUCUUUUCUUUUUUUAAAUGUAAUUUAGCAGAUACUCUUAUCCAGAUUGACUUACAGCAGCAAUGAGGGUUAACUAUUUGCACAUAAUUACAACUUUGGAACUUUUGUGUGUGUGAGAGAGAAUUCCAUCCAUUUAAUGAAUGACGUAAUCAGUGAGGUCUCCAUUACAGUGACUGUUUCAGACUGGUUUCAGUCAGGCAUCUGAGUGAUGAGGAUGUCUGGGUCAGCCUUUUCAUUGAUGAAUGUACCAAUCAAUCAAUAAAAUGAAAUGCUAUUAUUAUACAAUACUAGAUUAUGUUCUGUUUCUGGUCCCGGUACCAACCAAACUCUCUUACUGUAUUUCAUUCAUAAGGGUAGUUGUGUUGUGGUCCACGUACCAACCGGGCCCUGCUGUGUAAGUCCUAUGAGAAGAGAAGGAUAUCUUACCAACAGGUUGUGAUU